AUGAUGUUUAGGAGAGUGUUUUUAUUCGUGGCUCUUAUGGCGACGAAUUCAAUUGCGCUUGCGGUGCAACAAACAUAUAUAGUCCACAUGGACAAGACCAAAAUUGAAGGCUCAAUUCAUUCUCAAGACAGCGCAAAAACAUGGUCUGAAUCAGUCAUUGACUUCAUUACUCAAGCUUCAAUGGAGGGAGAAGAGCUAGAAGAUAUUUUAUCACCUCAGCUUCUAUAUGCCUAUGAAACCAACAUGUUUGGUUUUGCAGCCACACUUUCUGAGAAACAACUUAAACACUUGAACCAAAUUGAUGGUUUUCUUUCGGCCAUACCUGAUGAACUAUCAACCCUCGAUACGACACAUACACCAAGUUUUCUUGGCCUAACAAAUGGAAAAGGACUUUGGAGUGCUUCGAGUUUGGCCUCCGAUGUGAUCAUCGGUGUCCUUGAUUCGGGAAUAUGGCCUGAACACGUCAGUUUCAAAGACUCGGGCUUUUCCCCGAUCCCUCGUAAAUGGAAAGGUGUUUGUCAACAAGGCACAAAAUUCACAUCCUCAAAUUGUAACAAGAAGCUUAUUGGUGCAAGAUACUAUUUCAAAGGGUACGAAAAAUUCAUUGGAAAAAUCAAUGAAACGACCGAUUAUCUUUCUGCUAGAGAUACUCAAGGGCAUGGAACUCACACUGCCUCGACCGCAGCCGGUAAUGUGGUUCAAAAUGCAAACAUUUUUGGACUUGCUAAAGGCUCAGCCACUGGAAUGAGGCAUACGUCAAGAAUCGCGGCUUAUAAAGUGUGCUGGCUUUCUGGCUGCGCGAAUUCCGAUCUAUUAGCAGCCAUGGACCAAGCGGUUUCCGACGGUGUUGAUGUACUUUCGCUAUCUUUAGGAAGUAUUCCGAAACCUUUUUAUAAUGACAGUAUUGCUAUAGCUUCAUUCGGAGCAACGAAAAACGGUGUUUUUGUUUCUUGCUCAGCAGGCAACUCAGGCCCUUUUACAUCAACAGUCGGAAACGGCGCACCGUGGAUCAUGACCGUUGCUGCUAGCUACAUUGACAGAACUUUUCCAACACAAGUGAAACUUGGUAACUCAAAAACAUUUGAAGGAACAUCAUUGUAUCAAACAAAAAACCAAUCAAACCAACAACUCCCACUUGUGCAUGGAACAACAGCAGGUAAAAAGAGAGAAGCAAUGUUUUGCACAAAAGGCUCACUGGAUAAAACACUUGUUUUCGGAAAAAUCGUCGUUUGCGAAAGAGGAAUCAAUGGUAGAACUGAAAAAGGAGAGGUAGUGAAAAAAUCAGGCGGAUACGGAAUGAUACUACUCAACUCAGAAAAUCAAGGCGAAGAGCUUCUUUCCGACGCUCACGUCUUACCAGGAACUUCAUUAGGCGCUUCAGCAGGUAAAGCUCUAAGAAUCUACCUCAACACUACAAAAAAUCCAACAGCUUCAAUUUCAUUUCUAGGAACAAGAUAUGGUAACAUUGCACCAAUCAUGGCAGCAUUUUCUUCUAGAGGACCGAGUAUCAUAGGACAAGAUGUUAUCAAACCAGACAUAACUGCGCCUGGUGUUAACAUCUUAGCUGCAUGGCCAUCAAAAACAAGUCCAAGUAUGAUCAAAACUGACAAAAGAAGAGUCCUAUUUAACAUAGUUUCAGGUACCUCAAUGUCUUGUCCUCACGUUAGCGGCAUCGCAGCGUUGAUUAAAUCAGUUCAUAAAGACUGGUCACCUGCAAUGAUCAAGUCAUCUCUUAUGACAACAGCUUACACAUUGAACAACAAAAAUCUCCCGAUUUCCGAUCUUGCUUCAAAUAAUGUCUCAGCUUCUGCUAACCCUUUUGCAUUUGGUUCAGGACAUGUUAAUCCAGAAAGCGCUUCUGAUCCUGGAUUAGUCUAUGAUAUUAACACCAAUGACUACUUGAAUUACUUUUGCAGCCUUAACUUUACCUCUUCCGAAAUCGCUAUAUUGACAAAAACUAACUUCACAUGUUCUCAAAAACAUGAUGUUCAAGUUGGUGACUUGAAUUAUCCUUCAUUUUCUGUUUUGUUUAGCAGAACAGUGCAGAAUGUAACAUAUAAAAGAGUUGUUACAAAUGUUGGAAAAUCAGAAAGUGGUUACUAUGAAGUUAAGGUUGAAGAACCUAAUGGAGUUGUUGUUAAUGUUGAACCAAGGAAAUUGAAGUUUGAAAAAUUAGGUGAGAAAUUAAGCUAUAAAGUAACAUUUUUAGCAGUUGGAAAAACAAGAGUUAUUGGUAGUUCAUCAUUUGGAUCACUCAUUUGGGUUUCUGGCAAAUAUAAAGUUAGAAGUCCUAUUGCAGUAACAUGGCAAUAG